UCAAAAAUCAAGCCCCUGGCGGUAAAACUAUGUUCAUUUUAAAAUUUAAAUAUCCUUAACAACCAAACAGUUUUGUCAAUAUUAUACAUUUACAUUAUUUUUCUAUUGAUUAUAUUUAUGAUUCAUAUAGCUUAUUAUACCAAUGUCUGGAUUACCAAAACUACCUGGAUUUUCUUUUCGAGAUCCUACACAAACAAAAUUUAAUUUGCAACAUACAUUUGAUUUGUGUAAUGGAUACAAGCUGCCUAAAACGAAUUAUUGUGGCAUAGGCGGCAAAGAACUUGCUACGAAUACAGUAAAAUAUCUAGCAAAUCGUGAUCCAGUUCGAUUUGAUCCAUCUCUUACAUAUGGUCGUACUAAAUCACCUGCCUUACCUCAAUUUACACCUCAUUAUGUAUUAUAUGAUCAGAAAUGUCUGACAUUUCGAGCAUUCUUUAAACAGUCUGUGGAAGAAUCUCCUCAAGAAUUUUGCAGAAUCAGAUAUGUUAAUAUUAUCUAUUUUUUGGAAGAUGAUACUAUAACAGUGAUGGAACCUAAAAUCCCUAAUAGUGGGAUGGACCAAGGUCGUUUAAUCAGAAGGGGCAAAAUUCCUAAAAACAGUAAAGGAGACUUUUGGCAUUGGAAAGAUCUCAACGUUGGGAAGGAUUUUGCUUUUUAUGGCAAAGUUUUUCAUACAGUAGAUUGUGAUGUAUUCACAAAGGAAUAUAUGGCAAGUCAAGGAAUAAUAAUGGGUGAUACUGAAAGAAUGCCUAUAGAUCGUUACAAUCAAAAUAAACAAAUUCAAAGCCACACUACAAAAACACCGCCUGCGGAUGAUAAAUUGCGCAGAUUCUUGGAAUACGAUGGGAAAAUUUUAAAAUUCAAAGCAGUUUGGGAUGACAGAGAAAAUGAACACGGAGAAUUAAGAAACUAUGAAAUAUUAUAUUUUCUUUCCGACGAUACAGUGUCUGUGAAAGAAGUUCAUGAGAAAAAUGAUGGUAGAGACCCAUAUCCCGUUCUUCUUAGAAAAACCAAAUUACCAAAAAGGUACACUGACACGCCUGUGACUUAUCCCGCCAUAUACUUAGAAUUAUCCGACGCUGAGGUGACGGAAUAUUACCAACCAAAAGAUCUCUUAAUUGGAGAAACUAUCUUCGUACUAGGUCGCGACAUGUUACUUUAUGAUUGCGAUCAGUUCACCAGAGACUACUUCAAGAAUGCAUUAUGUAUUGAACAAAAACCGCCAAUUCCAAUACAAGAGAAGAAACCUCCUCCGCCACCACCGCAAGUUCCACCACACAAUGGAAUAGGUAGCUUAGAGGACUCCUUGCAAAACACUCUAACUGUUUUACCAAAACCACCGAAGAAAGAUGUUAUGAGGCAAAUACUAAACGCCAAUAAAUAUUUGCGGUACGAAAUGGUAAUGGAUGUUGUACAUCCUGAAGACGCAAUCAGGCGCUUCAUAUUAAGUUAUUCCCUGGCUGACGGCACUUGCAGGAUCAUAGAACCGCCCAUCAGAAAUUCUGGAAUAUUAGGUGGGAAAUAUCUCAGAAGUACUUAUUUAAUCAAACCAGGGUCUGACCCAUUAAAUCCUGAUUAUUAUACGGCAGCAGAUUUUUACAUCGGUGCCAUAAUCACAGUGUUUCAACAAAGGUUUAAAAUAAUCGGAGCCGAUUUAUAUGUCUACCGAUACAUGCAGGCGAAUGCAGGCAAAUUCCCCUGUGAAGUCAUAGAGAACAUGAGAAAUUACAUGUUUAAUAAAGGAUAUUUGAAAGAUGAUGUCGAGGACACUAUUCAGGACAAUUUGGAUAAUGAAAGAAAAUGGGACCUCGACACACACGAUGAACCGAGAGUGACAGAAAUGGAAAAGUGCCUAAAAGAACUGAAAGUUGGGGAAGGAGAUACUGGAUAUGAUAAAGCCAAGCGGGCAGAACUCGUACAGCAAUACGAGGAAUCGAUAAAACGUACUCCCCACGAGGUACCUUACGGAAUUAAAGAUAUCAACAUGACUUGCGCGUAUCCCGUUCAUAUCGGAGAAAUUAAAAGCGCUGAGUGUAAAGAGGACGAUGAAGGCCAAGCUUAUCAGUCGUACACUCCAAAGCACAUUGACACUCCCGAGGAAAUUAUUGCUAAGUACUAUACAGGUGUACUAAAAGAUCAGCGUGCAAUUUGUGAUGGCACCCAUCCUAUCGAGUGUACCGAUCCCCCAAGUGAACAAAACAAAGAGGACGCUGAGAAACCAACACCGCUCAUAGUUGCCAAGCCUGAUAUACCGCCGAGGGCAUGCAAUGUUAAAACUGUGACUUUUGCAGAUGAUCCCGACAGGUGCAACAGAGACAGAUACGAUUUAUGCGAUCUCAAAACGGAAAAAAUACACUGCGAGUGUACAGAUUAUCACAAAUGUUAAUAAAUGC